CAUUUUCAAAAUAAAAACAAAACACAAAGAACAUAGCUUAAUAUCAUUGACGUCAAUUAUGCAAUUCGAGACUCGCAGCUACUAUCCGGCUAAAUAUCAGCUGUUGUUACAAAACAGCGCUGCGAAGAUAAAAAGCAAAUAUAAUACAAUUAAUAUUACUUUUAAUAAAUUAAAAGCACAGUUUUUACAAAAAUGAAUAAAAAUUUAACAAUGAAUCAACCCAAAAAAAGAAGCUUCUUUGAGUUUUUCGUGACGAAAAGGGGACGUCAAACGAUGUUAAUCGUGUCUGGAGCAACAGCCGUUUCGCUGUUUAUGGGAAACUUUUUGCCACACACGUUUGGACUCGGUUACUACAAAGAUUUUGUGCAGAGCUAUCAAAAUGGUAUACCACGGGAAGUGCCAGAGAAUGUUAAGCAGCGCCUCGAGAAAGCAAUGGACAUAUUACAAUUACGUCGGUAUGAACGGUUAAUUAUCAGACCCUUCACUGUGGUCGGUUUUGAUUUAUUUCAAGCAGGUAGCAUAAAAUAUCGUUUUGGUUCUGAGUUUGGUAUUCCCGUCAAUUACUCUUAUGCCAGUCCAAAUGAUAUCAAACGCAGUGAGAUACGUUUUCGUGAUAAAGAGAUCAACUGGAAUUCGGAAAGUGGGAAACUACUCGAAGAAUCUAUUGUGCUAACAGAACAGGAGCAGAUUUUUAGUUUCUGUAAAUCAAUUCUUCAGCUACAGACACAUAAAAUCCUGAUGAACUCGAUAUUUCCUUCAAUCACGUUUAUUGGCAUGUAUGCAGUCGGAAAUUAUGUAAAUUUAAGAAACAAUUUUUAUGCCCGACCAUUGGCGUUGCGUUUGGUACUGUAUUCCAUUUUGGGUUUGUUCGGUCUUGGGUCGUGGUCUUUUCUGAAAGAUUUCAACCAAGUAACCUACGAUGCUGAUAUUGAUAAGAAACUAUGUGAGCUAGGACCAGACUUUGUGGAAGUCGGAACGACCUACUAUGAGAAGCUUUUAAAACGUAACAUGGCAUUACGUGCACUACUCAAUAAUGACCAAUACACAGCCAAAGGCAACGAAAACUACUUAAUAAGACAGAAAACAAUCCCGCUUACAUUAAGAAAAUCAUUCUUCGAAGGUAAACUUAAGGAACUCCAAUCAGGCACACAAACAGAAAAUGAAGUGGCUUAAAGUUAGUCAAUAAAUUUUUUUUAAUAUUGUUUAGAAUGUUUACAAU